AUGCCAUCGAAACACACGAAUUAUGAACUGAAAAUUUUAAAUUGGGAUGGUUCUCAAAUCAUUGACGUCGAAUAUAAAUUUGAAGAUACUCAUGCUAAUAAUGGUAGUCGUUUUACUCGCAGAAUAUAUGUUAACGGACCUGACUAUGGAAGAAUAUCUUCAAGAAAUAUGCCAUUCAUGUUUGUUCGGCAGGCGCAUGACGACAUGGCUGAAGUAUUUCGUUUACUUGAUAAGUACUAUUCAGGUGCAAUCAAUAUAGAAGAAUUGGUUGCUUUUUUGCCUUGGAUUGCGCCAAAUACUAAUCGACACAUAAAUUUUCAUCAAAUUCAAAGAUUUGCAAAGAAUCGUCAUUACACAUGA